UCGUCCAGACCUAUUAACAGACCUAUUAACAACGAGGCAAGUGGGCAAAAUCACAAAAAAAUCGUGUUUCCUGUCUCGGAGAUAGCCUCUAAUUUGAAAUCAGCAAAGGAGUUUCGUGGUGGCACGACGCACAUGCGACGGUCUCCUGUCCUGCUCUGUCCCCUCUGGCCUCCCUAGCAGCUUAUACUUUCUUAUUGUACUUUCUUAUAGUCUUCCACGGCCGCAGUUAGCCACAUCUCGCCGUCGGCGACGAGGGACAGGGAGGCAGGAUACUCCUGUCAGGCCGCGACGUAGCCCUCCUCCUCUUGCUCUCCCCGCCAUCCUCUGCUUCUCGUCCACCUGGGAUUAGAUCUAUUUCUUGGUACCUGAGCGAUCGAGUGAAAUCGAUCUAGCCAAGGUGCGGCGGGCGCGGCUUAUUCACGAAUUUUCUGUGUUCUUUGGAAAGCCGCCAUGGACGAGUGGAUUCGCCAAGCCGAGGUGUGGGUGCGCCAAUCCGAGAGCUGGAUCCGCCAGCAGCCCCCGGAGCAGAUCUAUGUCGCGGCCACGGUGGUCGCCGUCACAAUCCUGCUGCUUAUCGUAGCAUCUUAUCUGAAAUCCUCUAAACCAAGCACCAUAGUGCUAUCCGGGCUCAGUGGCAGUGGCAAAACCACUAUUUUCUACCAGCUUCGGGACGGAUCAUCACAUCAAGGAACUGUGACUUCAAUGGAAGAAAACAGUGAUACUUUUGUGCUGCAUUCGGAGCAAGAAAGGAAAGGCAAAGUAAAACCUGUGCAUAUUGUUGAUGUUCCUGGUCAUGCUAGGCUCAAGCCCAAGCUUGAUGAAGUCCUGCCUAAAGCUGCUGGGGUUGUCUUUAUUGUUGAUGCUCAGGAUUUCUUGUCUAGCAUGCAAGCUGCUGCAGAGUACCUUUAUGACAUUCUGACAAAAGCAUCUGUAGUUAAGAAAAGGAUCCCUGUGCUUAUAUUCUGCAACAAGACGGAUAAAGUUACCGCCCACUCGAAGGAAUUCAUCAAGAAACAGUUGGAGAAAGAAUUGUUUUGGCCAUGUUGUAGGAACAAGCUUCGGGAAUCAAGGAACGCCAUAUCUUCAGCUGACAUCUCUGAUGAAGUCCAGCUCGGGGUCCCUGGAGAGGCAUUCAACUUCAGCCAGUGCCAGAACAAGGUGGCUGUUGCGGAGGGUGCCGGUUCAACUGGUAAUGUUUUGGCCGUGGAGCAAUUCAUCCGUGAACAUGUGAGGGCGUAGGUCGUUCUUAUUGUUCUCAGGGCUCCAAAUGGCUCUCUUGAUCUAAUGAGGCAAGAUGUACAUUGCGUCAAUGGGGUUGCCUUUCAAUGUGACUCUUCAUCCGGUCCUCUGAAGUUGCUUAAGAAGCAGUGAGGCGCAAUCAUAUUCUGCACUGGUUCAGCUGACCCAUGUUUACAUGUUGCAAUGUGUAUGCCUGACAGUCAUCGGAUAUGAAUAGAGCAUGGUAUAACUGUCUGGCUAUGGUUGUUUUGCACUUUUGCUCCGUAAGUUUUUAUAUUUUCCUGAUUUU